AUGGGAGCUUUGGAACAGGGUAUGAAUGUCCAUGGAAAAAUAAUUGAAAGUGGGCUUUUGUCAAAUGAUGUAGUUGUAACUUCUCUGAUAAACAUGUAUGCAAAGUGUGCUAGCAUAAGUGACAGAUCACGUCCACAAACACAACAGAUCUAUGCAAUGUUGGAGAAAUUGUCUUCGGAACUGAAGGCAGCAGGGUAUGUUCCAGAUACAAAACUCGUGCUGAAUGAUGUGGAAAAGGAGGAGAAAGAAUUAUUUCUCUGCCACCAUAGUGAGAAGUGGGCAAUUGCAUUGGGGUUGUUACACGUCCGCUGGACAACUAUUAGAGUUGUCAAGAACCUUCGAGUAUGCGGUGACAGCCAUACUGCAACCGAGUUUAUCUCCAAAAUUGUUGCAAGAGAAAUUAUUAUUACCAUUAAGGACCACGAAAUUGAACGAGUUUUCAGGAAGACUUUACAGUCCUGGACUGAAAAGCUGGAGGACGAGGUUGAAGAAUGGGGAAUGUGGAAAGAGUAG